AUGUCAAGUAAUUUCCAGAAGCUGACGGCGGCGGAUGACAAAACGGCCCAGGUGGAAGACUUCCUGCAGUUCCUCUACGGGGCGAUGGCCCAGGACGUCAUCUGGCAGAACGCCAGCGAGGAGCAGAUGCAGGACGCCCAGCUGGUGAUCGAACGCAGCGUCAUGAACCGCAUCUUCAAGCUCGCCUUCUACCCCAACCAGGAUGGGGACAUCCUGCGGGAUCAGCUUCUUCAUGACCACAUCCAGAGAUUGUCCAAAGUGGUGACUGCCAACCAUAAAGCUCUCCAGAUCCCAGAGGUCUACCUGCGGGAAGCCCCCUGGCCAUCGGCCCAGGCCGAGAUCUGCACCAUCAGUGCCUACAAGACUCCCCGAGACAAACUCCAGUGCGUCUUGCGGAUGUGUUCAACCAUCAUGAACCUCUUGAGUUUGGCCAACGAGGACUCGGUGCCCGGAGCGGACGAUUUCGUCCCCGUGCUCGUUUUUGUCCUCAUCAAG